GCGCGGCGCGGCGCGGCCGGCGGGCGGGGGGCCGGGGGCUGGGCCGGGCCGGGCCGGGCCGGCGCCAUGGAGGAGCUGAGCAGCGUGGGCGAGCAGGUCUUCGCGGCCGAGUGCAUCCUCAGCAAGCGGCUGCGCAAGGCGCUUCUCUCCCCGCAGGGCAAGCUGGAGUACCUGGUGAAGUGGCGCGGCUGGUCCUCCAAGCACAACAGCUGGGAACCCGAAGAGAACAUCCUCGACCCCCGGCUGCUCCUCGCCUUCCAGAAGAAGGAACACGAGAAGGAGGUGCAGAAUCGGAAAAGGGGCAAGCGGCCCAGGGGCAGGCCCAGGAAGCAUGUGGAACCAGAGGUGCCUCUGAAAACCAAGUCGAGUAGCUCCUCUUCCUCGACCUCCUCUUCCUCCUCUUCCUCCGACGAGGACGAUGAGAGCGACUUGGAGGCAAAGAGGGGCCUUCGGGGCAGAGAGAGCCACCCGGUGCCACAGAAGAAAGCUCAGAUCCUAGUGGCCAAGCCCGAAGCCAAGGACCCCGCCAGGAAGAAGCGUGGGCGGAAGCCUCUCCCGCCAGAGCAGAAAGCAGCCAGGAGGACGGUGAACCUGGCAAAGGUGCUGAAAACCUCCCGGAAGGAGGUGGGUGGUGGCGCUAAGCCGCUGGGCAAACCGCAGCCUCAGCACAGUGCCCAGGCCUCGGGUCUCGCUGUGCUCAAGGCGCACAUGAAAGAGCCCCAAGGGGCGCUCGCCGGGCUUGGUUCCGGAGGCCCGGCGGCAGAGACCCUUCCCGGGAUGAUGAAGGGCUCCUCGGGGAGCCCCAACCGCGGGAUCAGCUGGCAGAGCUCCAUUGUCCACUACAUGAACAGGAUGGCCCAGAACCAGGCCUCUGCGGAGGGCUCGCCGGCGGGGAGGCUGGCGCUCAAGGCACAGGCUGCCGGCAAGAGCAGCCUAGGGCUGGACUUGAAAAUGAGGCACCAGAAGGGAGCGGGGGAGCCGGGGCUGAACACGCAGGGAGCCAAAGCCGCCAAGGCGCCCGCCGGGGGGGAUCAGAAGGCGGGAUGCGCUGGGGGCUCUCAGGGCCUGCACAAUGGCAGCAAGGCCCCGGCUGGCUCGCCUGUCCCCGGCAGCCAGGAGCUGAACCUUCAGGCUUUAAACUUGCAGAGCGUCAAAAAUAGGCAGAACGCGGCCGGCGGCAGCAGCCUCCCUCGUCACGGUUGUGGAGCUCAGACCAAGAGCGCCGGCGCUGGCGGGGCCGGGAACGCGAGCAGCGCGGCUGCGAAGGGCGGCGGGGCCAGCGCGGGACUGCCACCAGCCACGGACAGCUGCAAAAGCGAGAAGCACGUGUCCCGAGCAGGUGCCGGGGACAGAGACUCGACCAAAAGCAGCCCGCCGUGCACACAGGAGGGGCAGGCCGGGACGGAGAGCCGCAAGCCCUCGGCGCUCUCCGAAGCGAGCACGGGGGAAGAGACCAGCUCCGAUUCGGACCGGGAUUCGGCCUCCUUCCCCAGCGUGGGCCAGAACAUGUCGGUCUCCAUCCAGACCAGCCAGGACUGGAAACCCACCCGCAGCCUGAUCGAGCACGUCUUUGUCACAGACGUGACGGCCAACCUGAUCACGGUGACAGUCAAGGAGUCUCCCACCAGCGUGGGGUUCUUCAAUCUCCGGCAAUACUGAGCCCGGGAGCGGGGCGCGGGGGAGUGGGUCCCCACGCCCUCCCCCACCGGCCAGGCCCCCCAGUUGUAGCAGGUUUUUCUUUCCUUAAGUGAAUGGCAGUGGGACUCACUCGGGGAGGCAGAAAUCAGCCCCUGCCCCUAUAAGCAGCUGGCUGAGCCGCACCUCCCAGCCUGCAGUGAAGUGUCCUGCCAUUCCCAGCCAGGGUUGCUCUUGGUUCGUGGUCGCUAUAUCUGCGCAGACUUCCUGGAACCAGCAGCGAUUCGGGAAGAGGAGGAGGAUACAGUGAAACCUGUUAACAGCCACCAAGGGGGAGCAACGCCCCUAUUUUUUUAUUUUUUCUUCAGUUUUCGGAGCAGGUGGCCCCACAAUGGAAGUGGCUAUUCUCUGGGGACAGAGGCUGGCCUGCUACUGAAGGGGACUGGCCAGCAAGUGGCUGCUGAGCCAGGUUUCACUGUACUUGGAUUUCUUUGCUCUGCAGCUUGAAAUGGCAGAACACAAAGCACGCAGCUGUCCGGACAGCUGGGGGCAGGGAUGUGAGGCCAUGCCAUGUGGCAGCUCCCUGUUGCAAGGGGAGUUCCCUUUUCCUCCAGGCAUCCCGUCAAACCUAGCCCUCCGCUCCCAGGAUGGUCCGAGUCGGUCCAAACCAUACGGGCCACUUCCCCAGCACUCGGCAUGCAGCUGAGGGGGUUGUCCGUGCACGUGGGGGGGUUUGGUGGUGGUUUCCCAAUGAAGUGGAAAUGUUGUUUACAUGUCUCAGUCUGGGGGAGCCUGCCAGACUGCGCUUGCUGCCGCGGGCACGACCAGACCUCAGGGGGUACCUCUUUCCAAGCAGUGGAGACUGGCAGUCAGCGCCGCAUCUCCAAGUGGCGAGGGGUGCCGCAGGCGUGCAGUGCCCACUCACGGCAGGUCCUCGCUUGGUAGAGGUUGGAUGCAGCGUGAGCUGCUGCAUUGCUUUUGCUUUUGCUUGCUUGCUUGCUGUGAAUCUGGAUGUGAGGAGAAGAAGAAAAGUCCAGGCCUGGGAACCCAGCUGGAAGCAAGGCCUUCUCCUUGUCCUGGUAUCACUCGUGCUCUGCCUCACCUUCUGCAGUCUGCUGUGCAGGUGGAGUUUCUCCAGGUGCCUGCACGAAGCAUGCUUUGAAGCACGUGUAUGACAUGACCUAGCACCUGCAAAUGCAGCUGACAGGGUUUAACCUGGUUCGUGUGCGUAUGCCUUCAGGGCUGCUCCGGGCCGGAGACCACCCGCUGUCCGAACGCCCCUGCCAUCACUCCUCUAAGGCUGAGUGGCAGACAGCUUGGCAAUGUGACUUGCUGCCGUCCUUGAUGCGAAUGUUAGUUCAGGGGAGACGAUAGUGAGGACUGAGAAGCCAUGGUGCAGCUGAGCAGCGAAAAACAGCUGACAGCAGCAAAGCAUGGUGCAUCGAUAGUUGAGGCUGAGCACCUGUGUCUGGGGGGCUCUUUGGAGGCAGGACACGGAAAGUUCAAUGCUGCUGCAGUGGUGCCGAGUGCCUUCCACUGACUGUGGGAGGAGGACACCGAGAACCCCUUGGGGUCACACCAGAAGUCACUGGGAUGUGAAGAGAGCAGCUCCCAUCCUCUCAGCAGCAGUGCCAGGGAACAGCCUCUGAAGAGGGGCUUCUUGCAUCCUGCGCUCACUAGCCUUUGGCAUUGUUUGUAGGGCUGAGCUCCUCUCCUGGAUGCGUGGCUGAGGCAGUCCGGAGAACCGCUGGGGCUGCUGGUGGACUCCAAGGCAGCCCUAUAAAUAUUUGUGGCUAGACAGACUGCGGGCCCAGCCCAGCAGGUGCACAUGUCCAGCUUCUGCAUCUGAGUUUCGCUUGCCAGGUCGCUGCCCCAGUGCCGUGGCCUUGGGGUGCACCCAUUGGUAAGCCACUGCACGGAGCACCGGCUGCUUUGUGCACACGGGGGAGUAGUGAAAUGCUGUCUGCUCACAGCGCCCUGGACCCUGCAUCCCUUGUCUUGGGGGCAGCAGGAUGUGUGGUUGCAUGCAGCAAAUAUUGUUGCAUUCCCGACCCCAUCAUCAUGGAGCCAGAAUUUGCUGGGCUGGUCUGCCCUGUGCCCUGGGGCUGGGGCUUCCUGGCUGUGCUGCUGUGCUCCCAGCUGGGCAGUAAGUCAGUGCGGUGUCUGACUGACCCACGUCUUCACGGUGCUUCGUUCUUUGGUUUGUGGUGCUGCUGCGUCUGAGCUCCAGACAUCACCGAGGGAAGAUUCCCUGGCUACAGAAAUGCCUCGCGGUUGAAUUUGCAAACUUCCCUCUAAGAUUUUUCUUUUGCAAAUCCUCAGCUGUGGGCCCGGUUUGAGCUGACAACCUCCACAAAGCCUUGUAGGAAUGCUGCUGCUUUUGGACGGUUCCCUGCGGAUAGCUGGGACUUCCUUCUGCCCCUUCAUUACUCAGUGACUCUUCUUGACGCCAGAGGCCUUGCUCGCAUCUCCCUUGCAAAGCUGCUGCUCCAUCAAUCAACCUUGAGAGCUGAGGGAGUUGCUUCAGGUUCCCUGCUAACCUAGGGCUCGUAGCCACUGUAGCUUGCUGCAUUAGGGGACUGCGGCGCUCGGAGACAUGUGGGGCCACGUGGGUCAGACGAGAGUUUUGUCCAUGUGGGUGGCUGGUAAGGACCAAGUUGCCUUGGAACUCCAUGGUGCCAAAAAGUUGUUGUCUGUUGACCUCAUCGUUUAAACUCAGCCAAAUGAACUUCUGCUCUGAGACGUUCAAGGAAAAAAACCCGGCUUGUAGCUUCAGAGCUCCCUGCUCGUGGCCUUCACCAGCUGUGUCCUGAAGUCCAGGCCGCGAGGACUGCGGAAAGCCCUUUCCUGCUGCAGCGAACGGGGGAUGUGGGCUGUCAUGGGGGCAGCGCCUGGCUGUCUUCCCCACACACCAAAUAUUGACUACUUGGCCUUUGCAAAUCCAAACUAACCUACAAUGUGCCUUUGGAUCUCUCCUAUUCAGCCUCGCCCAUGACGCCAGUCUCUGACGACUGUUUUGUGCCUAGGUAAAGUUGGCUGUGGGGGGAGAGCAUGCCUGGUCCCCAGCAUUCACACGGCUCCCAGGUGGAGGCAGCUGCUGUGCAUCCCAGGGGAGCUGCCCCCCACCUUCCCGAGCUUGGCACCUGAAUGCCUGUGGAGGAAGAGGGCCCCAGCGGGGUUUAAACUCAAACGCUCAAUGAAGGCUGGGGACUGGCAUGUCUAACAAAGACUGAAAAGAGCCCUUGCCUAGCAGAGGAGCGGGCAGGCUGGUGUGAUCAGCUGCAGCCUGCCCUCUUUUCACCUGCUUUAGUCUCUAGUCUAAGCAAGCUCUGGUAGGAUGCCCCUUUCCGGGAUGCCGGUGUACACUGCAGUGUACUUCGCAGGACGGCCCCGUCCAGUCUCCCUUCAGAGGGCUUCUCGGGGUUCCUGACUUUGGGCACCUGUCAGUACAAAGGGGGUGCCCCUUCCCUUCCCCACCGCCCCCCACACAGAGCGUGCUCCUCUAGUGCCAGAGCCUGCUCUGCCAACUCCAACGUUGUGCCUUUCUGCUCACCAGCUCUUUCAAUCCCAAAGUUAUAGCAACUGUGAAAGUGAUAAUCGGGAAACGCCUUCCUGCCAUCAUCUCAGUCUUCCCUACCCUCCAGCCUGGUAUUAAACCUACCUGCUCGGUGCGCCCGUGUGAGUGAGUUUGACUUUGCAGUUGGCCUCUCCAAGGCGAAGCUGAGAAUUUAAUUUAAUUUAAUCUUUUUUUGUGGACUGAAGUUCCUAGCUGGUGCUAACCGUGUUUACCAAUAAAUAACAUUAGUAUUCAA